AUGAUUAAGAAGGAACGGUACAAUAAAGACAACGAAUGUUCGUGCACACCCGGCUAUACUGGAGAGCGAUGUGAACGUUGUGCGCUUGGGCAUAUACAGGAAGGAGAGCGUUGUAUCCCAGAGGUAUCCGAGUCGUCGCUGGCUUCACAGACGGGUUCGCUAUCGUCAAGAGCCUUCGCUUGGCCUUUCCUUCUAAUGGGAUCUGUUGCCGCCUUGGCUGUCGUCCUACUUGUCACCAUCGCUACGGCAGCAAUACGCCGAUGGAACACGAAAACGUCCAGAGAAAGCAGCGUUCGGGGACAACCUGACGCAACGGACGUCUAA